AUGGUGAACAGCAGCCUGGUCUGUGCCCCCCUGCUCCGCUUGGGGCAGAAGCUGAAGCGGCGGAAGAGUCUAAAGGAAGACGUGAUGGAGACGUCACUGCAGCGCUGCCUGUCCAUCCUGGACCUGACCCUCCUGGGGGUGGGGGGAAUGGUGGGGUCUGGGCUCUACGUCCUGGCUGGCACCAUAGCCAGAGACACUGCCGGGCCUGCAAUACUGGUCUCCUUCCUCACUGCCGCCAUUGCCUCCCUCAUGGCUGCCUUCUGCUACUCUGAGUUUGGGGCCCGCGUGCCCAGAGUUGGCUCAGGUUAUAUGUGCACUUAUGUGGCUGUGGGAGAGAUCUGGGCCUUCAUAAUUGGCUGGGGCAUGAUCCUUGAGUACAUGGCUGCCAGCGCUGCUAUGGCUCGGUCCUGGAGCAGCUACAUGGACUCCAUGUUCAACAACAGCAUCCAGAACUUUACUAAGACCUACAUCUGCCACUGGGACGUGCCCUUCCUGGCCAGCUACCCUGACUUCCUGGCUGCAGGCGUUCUUGUGCUGGUCACCUGCUUCGUGUGCUUGGGGGUGCAUGUCUCCAUCUGGCUGAACAACAUCUUGUCAUCCCUCAACGUAGUCGUUACCACCUUCGUCAUCGUCUUCGGGUUUAUGGUAGCCGACCCUGCCGCCCGGAGCCAGGACGAGGGGGGGGUUCUGCCAUUGAGGCUAUCCGGGAUUGUAGCUGCCACAGCCGGGUGCUUCUACACUUUUGUGGGAUUCGACGUGAUCGCAACAUCCAGCGGGGAAGCGAAGGAUCCCCAGAGGUCUGUGCCCAUUGCCAACAUCAUCUGCCUGGCCUUGGUGGGCACCCUCUCCAUCCUGCUCUCUGCCAUGCUCACCCGCAGAGUGGCCUGGAAUAUCCCAGGGCCCGACUCCGCCAUCUCAGACGCUCUGCUGCGCCGCGGCUAUGGCUGGUUUGGCUACCUUGUGGCCUUUGGUUCCUUCUGCGCUAUGACCACAACCCUCCUCAGCACCGUCUUUGCCCUGCCCCGGAUCGUGUACGCCAUGGCAGACGAUGGCCUGCUCUUCUCCAUCUUUUCCAGAGUCAACAAGACCACCAAGGUUCCUGUUAUAGCCAGCAUCUCAUUUGGCUGUCCCAUGGUGCUGCUGGCUGUGAUCUUUGAUGUGGAAAUGCUGGUCCAGUUCCUCUCCAUCGGUACUCUCCUGGCCUACACCUUUGUGGCAGCCAGUGUGAUUGUGCUGCGGUUCCAGCCCCACAGAACCAGCGCCGGGACCUCACUCCCAUCCUCCACCAGCACCGACCCCCAGCCCCGCCCCAUGCCAAAUCCUCCACCUGCUGGGGAGAUGAAGGCGUAUGUCUUCUCUGACGACCUGCAGCUGGUGGAGGUGGAGAUGAAGGAGCAGCCGGUGCCGGGGAAGCUCAAGGCCGGCUGGGAGCGCUACCUGGGCCGCUCCCUGGGUAACUGCAGGCCGGGACGGGUGGUGAAGUACUCUGUGCUGGCACUGAUGGUGAGCGCGGUGUGCCUGUGUGCUGUUCUGGUGUUCGGGAGCGACCUGCAGCUGCUGCCGCUGUGGGCCUUUGCCCUGCUGCUGCUGGUGUUUGGCCUGGCCUUCUUUCUCAGCCUGGGACUCAUCUGGGCCCACGAGCCACAGGGCCAGUUCAAGAACUUCCAGGUGCCUCUGGUCCCCAUUAUCCCUGGAGUGAGCAUUCUGGCCAACGUCAUCCUCAUUUUUAAUCACAGCUCUUUCACCUUUCUCCGAUUUGCUAUCUGGUUGGUUAUAGGUCUGGUGCUGUAUUUCAGCUAUGGGAUCAGGCACAGCAAGGAGGGCUUGCAGGACCCCCCAGCACAGGAGCAAUCAGUGCUGCCCACCGGUGGCCUGGGAGAGUCAGCGCAUGCUGGGAUAAAAGUCAGUUAA